AUGGCCUCGAUCUUAUCACCGCUAUAUCAUGUCUAUGAUCUGAUUCAGAGCUGUCUGGGAAUCAACAGCACCUUCGUCUCCGAGCAACACGUCCCCGGCACUGAUCUGACAGGGAAAUGGAUCAUCAUAUCCGGAUCCAAUAACGGCGUGGGAUAUGAAGCCGCCAAAUCAUUUGCAACAUGGGGCGCAAACCUGAUUCUCGCCUGUCGCGAGCCACCUGCAUGGGAGCAACACCCCACAGCUGCCGUGAAAGAAUGCAAAGACCUCGCGAAGGCACACGGCCAUUCAUCGACGAUCGAAUGGUGGGAGAUUAAUAUGGCAGAUCUCAACAGUAUCGAGAUCUUCUGUCGAAGAUGGCUGAAAGCAGACCGCCCCUUGGACAUACUCUGCAACAAUGCCGGCCUUGCGGCUGCCGCGAACAACACCUCGACAAUGACGACGGAUGGGUUCCAGCUAGUUCACCAGGUCAACUUCCUAUCCCACGUCCUACUAACCCUCCGACUUCUCCCAUCUCUAGCCCGCAGUGCAGCACCUCGCAUCAUCUGCACAACAUCAUCCCUCCACCACUUCGGAUACUUCGACCUGGACCACUUCAACGGUGGUCCAAAGAUGAGCGGAAACGCGUAUGCAAACAAUAAGCUCUAUUUCCAGAUGUGGGUUGCAGAGCUACAGUCUCGACUUCUCAAGCACCCUGAGUACCUCCACAUCACAAUCAACGGGGUCCAUCCCGGUUUUGUGGCUUCGAACAUCUGGAAUACCCUCGAGCGUAGGGAUGGGGCUGGUCUAGCUCUCAAUUUUCUCCUGCGUUAUGUUGCUAUUACGCCGCAGCAAGGUAGCUUGGCUAUUACUAAUGCGGCAACUAAUCCGGUGUUUGGUCCGGAUCCUAAGAAGCAGGGUGUUGGAGUGGAGAAUGCGAGGGGUGGAGGGUUGUAUAUGAAUCGUAUUUGGGAGGCGCCAUCGCAGUGGCAUUGCGCUGAUCUGGAUACUAGGUCGAGGCUAUGGGUUAAGUUGGACGAGGAGCUCCAUCUGGAAGAAAAGGGCCUUCUGGAUGUUCUGGGUCGCUGA